AUGGAGGAGCAUAUACCGAGUCCGGUAUCUAUAGAGGCUAGGACAUUCGAACCGACUAAGCCAGAGCGUGGAGCUUCUACACAGUCAUCUCGCAAUUCUCCAGAGCCAGCGCCUAUUGAUCGACAAGGCCACUACGUUGGCCCUGCUUCCGGGGCGUCAUUUUUACUCAGGGUUCAGAGGAAGCUUCAACAGCACCGCUCAGCAUCCUCAUCCGACGGCUCAAUCUUCACGUUUGGCGAUCUUCCACUCCCAGAGUUUGACACCCGAUUCUUGAUCCUUCCUCCAAGAUCAGAGGCAGAUGCUCUUCUUUGCAGAUACUUUGAGUUCUCGUCGGCUACUCAUCGAUUCUUGCAUCGUCCCACGAUUGAAUCAUGGCUGCAAGAACUCUACGAGACCCAUGGGAGUAUGCGCAAUCAGACCGAUGCGAGAAGCAGGACUGCUUUACUGUUCAUGGUUUUUGCACAUGCAGAGAAUUAUCCCAAGUCCAAAGCCGGGACACUGACCGUUUGUAGUGCCCGUUUCUUUUCCGCCGCCGAGGACCAACUCUCGGCCGAGAAGGGUGCGAUACGACUCACCAGUAUCCAAGCACGUCUAGCACAAUGCCUUUAUCUCCUAUCGCACUCGCGUUUGAACCACUGCUGGAGUCUUUUUGGCACUACCGCUCACUUGAUGCUUGCGCUCGGUAUCCAUAGAAAGUCGCGCGUCGAUGCAAGCAGCCACCCAGAUUAUGUCGACCUGGAGUGUCGCAAGCGGACGUUCUGGUGCGCUUACAACUUGGACACUUAUCUAAGUGCAGCACUUGGACGGCCACGGACAUUCCACGAUGACGAUAUUGACCAGGAACUGCCUCUUUGUGUUGAUGACAAUCGACUUGCUCGUGGUCGACCAGCACCUUCACCACUGGGCACAACCCAAUCCAUCAUGUCGGGUUCCAUUGCGCAUAUCAAGCUAUCCCGCAUCGUGGCCAAGAUCCUAAGGGAUCUCUACGGCAUCCGCCAACCAUCAACCGAAAGCCAAUACAAGCUCGCCGCUAAGUACGCAAAGGAGAUUGACAACUGGCACAGCGGCAUCUCUUACCUCGUUGACACUGAUGGCAUCGAUCCAUCUCUAUUCCAGCCCAUCUUUCUUCGGCAGCGAAAUGUCUUGAACUUGGCGUGCUGGCAUGCGCAGAUCUUGGUCCACCGCCCAUUCUUGCUCAACAAUUUCGCCAGCCUUGCUAAUCUAGGGACCACGAGAAAUUCUCGAAGUCGUCAAAAUUCUGAGCUUACGCAUGAACAUGUUCAACGUUGUUUGGAGGCUGCCAUGAAUAUUGUGGCUAAGAUCGACGACCUUCACUCAAAUGGACUACUGUAUAACACAUUCUGGUUCUCGCACUACUUUGCCUUUUCCGCCGUCGUCAUGCUAUAUGUCUACGCAAUCCAACAGCGACAUGCACCUCCAGAAACCUACCUCCCAGCAUUCCACGCAGCAACCAAAUGCCAAGCACAGAUAACUUCAAUCGCCAUUCCUGGCUCCUUAGGUCAGCGAUAUGGUGUUGUUCUCCAAGAGCUGCGAGUCGAGCUUCUGAGACACAAUACCAAUUUGCUGGACCUGGGCUCGACGAACGGCGGGAGCGCUGCUGGUGGUUCCGCAAGCAUGCGCAAUGGAGAAGAGGGGCUGCUUGGAUCAUACACGAACCAAGACAUACUUGACCUUGGGCCCCAAGGCAUCGGAUUUGCACCCGGCGCUGAGGACCUCACCGGCCAGCUGGGUUUAGCUGGACAGGAUGGUCUUGGGUUUUCCGAACAUAGCCCAGGGAGCUCUAUCGUGCAGAUGACGGGAUGGGGACAGUUUGAAUCACUGGUCACAGGCGGUGUUGGCGGUAUCGAGGCAUUCCUUGAUGGGCACAUGGGAGGAUGGAAUUUGGGGAUGGGUGAGCAACUGGAUACCUGA